UUCGCGGCUCAGAAACCGUCGAAGGCAGAGACGCGCCGGCCUCAGCGGAGCGCCCGAUGCCGCGGGGAUUCCGCCUCUUUCUCCGCGCACGACAUGGAUUUCAACGUGAGGAAACUCGCUACAGAUGCCGGGAUAUUCUUUUCGCGAGCCGUCCAGUUUACAGAAGAGAAACUGGGACAGGCUGAGAAGACCGAGCUGGACGCUCACUUUGAGAAUCUGCUGUCCAGAGCUGACUGCACCAAAAACUGGACCGAGAAGAUCUACAGACAGACCGAGGUUCUUCUCCAGCCGAACCCCGGUGCUCGCAUCGAGGACUUCCUGUAUGAAAAGCUUGACCGGAAGGUCCCGGCGCGGCCCACUAACGGAGAGAUCUUGAGUCAGUUCAUGCUGGAGGCAGCCAAGGAGUUCGGCUCGGGAACCCCGUACGGAAGCACCCUGAUCAAAGUGGGCGACUGUCAGAGGAGGCUGGGCGGCGCUGAGAGAGAGUUCCUGCAGUCCUCGUCCAUCAGCUUCCUCACACCCCUGCGCAACUUUCUGGAGGGCGACUGGAGGACCAUUUCUAGAGAGCGGAGGCUGCUGGAGAAUCGACGCUUGGAUCUCGACGCCUGUAAGGCACGACUCAAGAAGGCCAGAGCGGCGGAGGCUAAAGCGGCGUGUGAGGGAGAAGCCGUCCCAGACUUUCAAGAGACGAGGCCGCGUAAUUAUGUGCUGUCUGCUAGUGCAUCUGCGCUUUGGAACGAGGAGCUUGACAAAGCGGAGCAUGAACUGCGCGUCGCUCAGACGGAGUUUGACAGACAGGCCGAGGUCACCAGACUGCUCCUGGAGGGCAUCAGCAGCACGCACGUGAAUCACCUGCGCUGUCUGUGUGAGUUCGUGGAGGCGCAGGCCAUGUAUUACAACCAGUGCCACAAAUACAUGCUGGAGCUGCAGAGAGAGCUGGGCAGUUGCAGCGGAGACAUAAGAUGCCCCGACUCGUCAGAUGUGGGUUCCCCCGCGGAUCCGUCCGCCUUCCCGUCGCAGAGCUCUCCUUCCGCGCUGGAGACGGACGCUCUGCAGAUCGAGGAGGUCCAGCCGCCGGCCAGCGGCACGCGCACCGCCAAGGUGCUGUACGACUACGACGCUGCGGACUCCAGUGAGCUCUCGCUGAGGGCCGAUGAGCUCAUCACCGUGUACACAGUGCCUGGAAUGGACUCUGAUUGGCUGAUUGGAGAACGAGGAAACCAGAAGGGGAAGGUGCCUGUUACAUAUCUGGAGCUGUUGAGCUAAAGAGAGAACAGACACAGACACACACAGACAGACACAGACACACACACACACACACAGACACACACACACACACAGACAGACACACACACACA